GGCUAAUAUGACAUUUGCCCUUAAUUUUAUCGUGGAUGAGUUGAGGAAGAAAUCCAGAGGCCAGACGACUGUAGAAAGUGGACUCCAUGCAUACAACUCCAUGAAACCAAAACUUCCAAAAGUAAUCGGAAUCUUCUUCCAUUGAUGCUCUGAGAAAUCCUUGACAUCAUCUGUAAACGGCACAUAUCAACGCUUCAGAGAAUCUAUCCAGAUUAAUCAAUGGGGGGCAAGAGUUCUAAGAAUUCAAAGGCAAAAGGAGGGAAGUAUAGCCAAUCGACAUCAUCUUGUUCAAACAAUCAGUACGGCGGUUAUCCUUCGCAGCCAUCUUCCUCUACUCCGGCCUACGGCGCACAACCUCCUAAACCACAAAAGAAGCUCGAGAAACGAUAUUCACGAAUCGCUGAUAAUUACAAUUCUCUGGAGCAGGUGACACAGGCUCUUUCAAGCGCAGGACUCGAGUCUUCCAACCUCAUCGUCGGCAUUGAUUUCACCAAAAGCAAUGAAUGGACAGGUUCACAAUCCUUCAAUGGAAAAAGCUUACAUCAUAUUUCAGAUCAUAGUCUAAACCCCUACGAACAUGCCAUAUCCAUCAUCGGGAAGACAUUAGCAGAUUUUGAUGAAGAUAACUUGAUUCCAUGUUAUGGAUUUGGAGAUGCAACAACACAUGCGAAAGCUGUUUUCAGUUUUUAUCAUGAAGAUAGAUUCUGUAAUGGAUUUGAAGACGUGUUAAGUAGAUACAGAGAAAUUGUCCCUCAUCUAAAUCUUUCAGGUCCCACAUCUUUUGCCCCUGUGAUUGAACAAGCUAUGACAAUUGUCGAUCAAAGUGGGGGCCAAUACCAUGUACUUUUAAUCAUUGCUGAUGGGCAAGUUGGUCAUUCAGAAGAAAAGAAAACUAUAGAAACCAUAGUCAAAGCAAGCAAGCUUCCACUCUCUAUAGUAUUAGUCGGGGUUGGAGAUGGGCCUUGGGGCGUGAUGAAGGAAUUUGACGAUAAUAUCCCUAAUCGUGACUUUGAUAAUUUUCAGUUUGUGAAUUUUACAGAAAUCAUGUCAAAAACUUACUUGCCUUCAAAUCGAAAAGAGACUGAAUUUGCUCUUUCAGCAUUAAUGGAAAUCCCUUCUCAAUAUAAAGCCACAAUCGAACUAAAUUUACUUGGGAAUCGCAGAGGAAUACUCCACCAGAGGGCAGCCCUUCCACCGCCAGUUGGUCAACCAUCCUCCUCCUCCUGUAACACCUCAACACCAUCGCAGUCAACUACUUUUCAAAACAGUGGUUGUAUUUCAAAUGGUCAAACUAGUCAAAAUGACACAUCAGCAUCAAUUUCAAAAUCCACUAAUGAUGACCAGCAGUUAUGCCCAGUUUGCCUUACUAACAUGAAGAACAUGGCCUUCGGGUGUGGACAUCAGACAUGUCACGAGUGUGGGGAAUCGCUGCAACUGUGCCCAAUUUGCCGUGCCUCAAUCGAAACGAGAAUAAAGCUUUUUUAAAAAUUGGUUUAUUUUAGCUACAACUAAAUGACAAUUCAGUUCUUUUGGUGAACAUUUAGGUUUAAUUUUGGUGAACAUUUAGGUUUAAUUUUGGUGAACAUUAAUAUG